AUGCCAACCCUCACUCCCAUCCCGGUCAGACAGAAUGGCCGCCAAAUCGAACGUCCGAGAACCCCAAGCAGACCUAGUACCUCGUCUUCUUCUAAAGAAAAUGAGGUUUCCUCAAAAAAUCCCGCGCCUCUGGCAGAUUACACCCUUGGAGACUGUCUGGGGAAGGGCGCAUUUGGAUCGGUAUAUCGAGCACUCAAUUGGGGAACUGGAGAAACCGUCGCUGUGAAGCAGGUGAGGCUCGCAGAUUUGCCAAAGAGUGAGCUGAGGGUUAUUAUGCUUGAAAUCGACCUUCUGAAGAACUUGAAUCACCCAAAUAUUGUUCAAUACCAUGGCUUCGUUAAGACGACGGACUCUUUGUACAUCAUUCUAGAGUACUGUGAAAAUGGCUCCCUCCACAGCAUCUGUAAAAACUUUGGAAAGUUCCCCGAAAACCUGGUCGGCCUCUAUAUGACUCAAGUUCUCCAUGGACUACUGUAUCUCCAUGACCAGGGUGUUAUCCACCGUGAUAUCAAGGGUGCCAAUAUCCUAACGACGAAGGAAGGCUUAGUUAAGCUGGCGGAUUUUGGAGUUGCCACAAGAACUACCGGACUUAGUGACUCGUCGGUCGUUGGAACUCCGUAUUGGAUGGCGCCGGAGGUUAUUGAGCUUGCAGGAGCUACUACAUCGUCAGAUAUCUGGAGUGUGGGAUGUACAGUGGUUGAACUUCUUGAUGGAAAGCCGCCAUAUCAUAAGCUUGCUUCCAUGCAAGCAUUGUUCAGAAUUGUCAAUGAUGACCAUCCGCCACUUCCGGAGGGAGCUUCGCCAGCAGUUCGAGAUUUCCUCAUGCAAUGUUUUCAGAAGGAUCCCAACCUCCGAGUUUCGGCCCGUAAACUACUGAAGCAUCCGUGGAUCGUCAAUGCGAAGAGAUCAGACUCUGUGGUGCGAACACCAACUACAAAGUAUGAUGAGGCCGUCAAAAGUGUACAGCAAUGGAAUGCGGCUCUACAGUCUCCAAAUGCCCCGAAAACAACCCGACCUUCCGUCCUUAGCCCCAAUCCUCCUCGACGUACACAUGUAUACAGUCUUGAGCCUGGGAAAGGGCCAUUGGCGUUGAGGUCUCGGCCAACUGAGGCGUUCAUGUCUCCAGAGAAGACCCUUGAGGAUGAUAACUGGGACGAUGAUUUUGGGUCUGUUAUAUCUGCGGCUGCCCUUCAGUUUCCUCGUAAUAAGAUCGCGGAUGGAAAUAUUGCAGGGCUGCAAUCUUUUGACCGAUUGAAGUCCUUUGCAUCCAACGAUGGCACAGACGAGAACUGGGGCGAUGACUUUGAAGGGGAUAUAACCAUUAAAAGUCCACCGAUCAUGGAUUUCGAGGCAGAUCCUAUGCAGACGAUAAGACCUUACUUUCCUCGUAGACAAAGCGAACCCUCCCUACCGAGUGACGAUAUAUCCACCACAAUGAUCCCAAUUACCGAGCCCCCGCCAUUGCCAACAACACCUACGAAAUCGAAACCGCGAAAGCUAAUGUUACCGUUUCGAAAUACGUCACGACAUCCAUCAGUAUUCAGAGAAGAUGCAUUCGAGGAUUAUUCUGAUCUUGCACCAGUUAACGAAGCAACAUUUGCUAAGAAAGUUGACUUAAUGAAGGAUGCGUCACUAAGUCCGCGACUUUUUCAUCCGAGUGAUCUCAAAAGUCUACCGAGAUCUACAAGUUCCUCUCAGCAUGGUAGUUUAAGGAGGCAAAUAUCAUUGGCGUUGGGAGAUACAGAAACGCAGGCACAUGCAAUACGGAGGUCACGGUCUUCGAUGGAGAUACAGAGAUUUGCGGAGCCCGAGGGCGAGGACGAUUAUUCGGAUAUAUUUGGUAGUGAAGGAGGAACUGAUGAGGCUGGCUCUGAGACUAGUGGUGAUGACCAUAGCUUGUUAUUAAACACCAAGCUUUCAAACAAUUCUUGGCUGGGAGACGAGGAGCCCGAUGAGGAUGAUCCAUUCGCCCAAUUAGAAGAAGGGUUUGACGAAAUGGAUCUCGAGGCAAAUAUUGCUAGAGAUAAAUAUGCACGACUUUGCAUCCAGGUUGAAGCCUUGGUUGGCUCAUUAAAAGAAAAUCAGUCGGAGGAAGACCUGGAUGAUAUCUCAUCCCAGUUGAUGGACGUCCUUCUGGAAUCCCCGGAAACAAGAAAUACUAUAAUUGGUGCUCAUGGUAUGUUACCAAUAUUAGAGGUUUUGGAGACUUGUAAGAAACGGGAAGUCAUCCUCAAGCUAUUGAAGAUUGUAAAUGCUAUCAUUUUCGAUGAUGUUGAAAUUCAAGAGAACUUGUGUUUCGUUGGGGGGAUCCCCAUCAUCACGAAAUUUGCGUCGAAGAAAUACCCAGGGCACAUCCGUCUGGAAGCCGCGGCAUUUGUAAGACAAAUGUAUCAAACUUCAACACUGACAUUACAGAUGUUUGUCAGCUGUGGAGGGUUGAAUGUUCUCGUAGAGUUUCUGGAAGAAGAUUAUGACGCCCAGAAGGAUUUAGUGCUCAUCGGAGUGAAUGGCAUUUGGAGCGUCUUCGAAAUGCAGGGCCCUACGCCAAAGAAUGAUUUUUGCCGGAUAUUUUCCCGAAGCUCGGUUUUGCAUCCAUUAUCAUUGGUAUUGUGUCAUGUUCUUGAUGAGGACGGGGAGUUGUCGGAUUUAUGCGUGGAACGUAUAGUCAACAUCUUCUACCUAUUUUCCCAAGCAGAGAACCAUGUCAAGGAAAUGGUGGCGGAUAGGAUAGUUUUGAAAAGAGUGUUAAAAGACCUGAAGCGGAUGGCGCCGUCUCAUCAGGUGGUAAUGUUGAAAUUCAUCAAAAAUCUGUCCAUGUUGUCGUCUACCUUGGAUACAUUGCAAAAUUCCAACGCAAUCGAGGUCCUGACUGAUCUUUUGACUGCCAGUAUGAACGCAUCACAUUUUAAGGAAAUUUCAAACCAAGUCCUGAAUACAAUGUUUAACUUGUGUAGAUUGAGCAAGUCUCGGCAGGAGGAGGCUGCUCUCCAUGGGAUUAUUCCAUUGCUCCAACGUAUCGUUAGUACGGAGCGGCCACUUAAAGAAUUCGCGCUACCUAUCCUUUGUGACAUGGCCCACUCUGGAAAGGUUUGCAGAAAGAUACUCUGGCAAAACAAGGGUCUUCAGUUUUAUAUAUCGUUACUCUCGGACCCGUAUUGGCAGGUUACUGCGCUUGAUGCCAUCUUUGUUUGGCUUCAAGAAGAGACAGCAAGAGUAGAGGAAAAGCUGCUCGGCGAGUCAUUUACUACAGCUAUCAUAAAUUGCUUCACAACUUCGAAAACAAACGCCUUCGAAAAUAUUCUUGACCCUUUGCAAAAAUUAAUGCGUUUAAGCUUACCGAUUGCUCAUGCCGUUGGCCAACCAGAGUUUUUUUCUCGAAUUCUCAGCAAGUUAUCUCACCACAAAGCCCUUGUUCGAUUGAAUCUUCUCAGGAUACUACGGACCAUCUGUGAUGCAAGCGAACAGAAAGAAGCCUUGAUCAGAAUACAUGGCAUGUAUAGCACGAUCUAUCGUUUGGCACAAAAGGAUAAUGCUGUGCUUGUUUCGAACCUUGCGGGAGAAUUGAUAAAAAUGUGUGCUGAGAGGGAGAAAGAGAAACGUGUGAGCUAUCGCAGUAGAGGACAUAGAAGCAUAUCGUCAAGCACCUCGUCAUCAUUUUCUAUGAGGGAGAGGGCUUUGUCUUCUUCGUCACAGCGGGGGAACGUCUCUAGCCUAUGGGGCUAUGAUGUGAAUGUGCCGGAAGGGUUGUACAAGAGAAGAAAAAGGUUCUCAGGAGAACGCCUCAAAGCUCGGGACUGA